CAUUGUCGCUGCAUUAAUUGAGCGAGCUCUCAGCUAUCAUGGCCAUGGAGGCAGCUCUUGUUAGCGUGGCGACGGGGGUCCUCAAACCAGUCAUAGGGAAGCUGGCCGUUCUGCUCGGCAACGAGUACAAGCGGUUCAAGACAGUUCGCAAGGAGAUCAGGUCUCUCACUAAUGAGCUUGCCGCCAUGGAGGCUUUUCUCCUAAAGAUGUCCGAGGACGAGGACCCUGAUGUGCAGGAUAAAGUAUGGAUGAAUGAGGUAAGGGAGCUGUCCUACGACAUGGAGGACGCCAUUGACGACUUCAUGCAAAGCAUCGGUGACAAGGACGAAAAGCCAGAUGGCUUCAUUGAGAAGAUUAAGAGUUCACUAGGGAAGUUGGGGAAGAUGAAGGCUCGCCGUCGGAUUGGGAAGGAGAUCCAAGCUCUGAAGAAACAAAUCAUUGAGGUGGGCAACAGGAAUGCAAGAUACAGGACUGGUGUGGCCAUCUCCAACUCCAAGAAUGCAACCGUUGAUCCAAGAGCUCUUGCUAUAUUUGAGCAUGCAUCAAAGCUUGUUGGAAUCGAUGAACCCAAGGCUGAGCUGAUCAAAUUGUUGACGGACGACGAUGGAUGUGCGACAACACAACAACAACCAAAGAUAGUCUCCAUCACUGGACCUGGAGGAAUGGGCAAAACAACUCUUGCAAACCAAGUCUUUCAAGAGAUCAAAGGACAGUUCGAGUGUCGGGCCUUCUUAUCCGUGUCGCGAAACCCAGACAUGAUGAAUAUCCUUAGGACUAUUCUUAGUGAAGUUAGCGGUCAAUGUUAUUCCAACACGGAAGUAGGGAGUGUACAGAUACUCAUUAGCAAGAUCAACGAUUCAUUACUAGAUAAAAGGUACUUUGUUGUUGUUGACGAUAUAUGGGACGUGGAUACGUGGAAUAUCAUUAAGUGUGCAUUCCCCGCUACAAGCUCUACCAGUAGAAUAAUCACCACCACUCGUAUGAACAGUGUCGCUCAUUUAUGUUGUUCAUCAUUUAAUGGUCAUAUUUACAAUAUAAGGGCUCUUGAUAUGGUGCACUCAAGACAGUUAUUUCACACUAGAUUAUUCAAGUCUGAUGAAGAUUGCCCUUCAAACCUUGAAGAAAUUUCUGAGAAGAUAUUGGAAAAAUGUGAUGGAUUACCUUUGGCGAUCAUUGCUAUAUCUGGUUUGUUGGCUAACACAGAAAGAACAGAAAAUAUAUGGAAUCAAGUAGAAUAUUCAAUUGGUCGUGCACUUGAAAGGAAUCCCAGCAUUGAAGGAAUGAUGAAGAUUUUGUCACUUAGUUACUUUGAUCUUCCUGCUUAUCUAAAAACUUGCCUCUUAUACCUAAGCAUAUAUCUAGAAGAUUCUACUAUUGAGAAGAAAGGCCUGAUAAGAAGAUGGAUUUCUGAAGGAUUCAUUCAUAGAGAGGGCAGAUACACAUCAUAUGAGUUAGGAGAAAGGUGUUUUAAUGAACUACUCAACAGAGGUUUGAUCCAACCCGGGGCGACAAAUGAAUAUGGCAUAGUGAAGAGUUGUCGAGUUCAUGACACAAUUCUUGAUUUCAUCAUAUUCAAGUCCAUAGAAGAGAACUUUGUUACUUUACUUGGUGUUCCCAUUUUGACAAUUGGGAAACAAAGCAAAGUUGUUCGUCGACUCUGUGUACAAGGUGACGGGUAUUUAAAUUCAGUAGAAUCGAUAGCAGAUCUCGUGCUUUCCCAUGUCCGAUCACUUACUAUGGUUAGUGGUAUUCGGGUAAUCCCUUCUUUUGAAGAGUUUAGACAUCUGCGUGUUCUUGACUUGAAGGAUUGCUCAGAAUUGAAAGAUCAUCAUCUUGAAAAUAUAGUGAGGUUAUUCCAGCUAAGGUACCUGAACCUCAAAGGUACAAGAACAAGAAAGCUCCCAGAACAAAUUGGCCGCUUAGGAUGCUUAGAGGUGCUGGAUCUAACAUGCACUUUUGUAAAGCAAUUACCUGCAUCUAUUGUUAGACUCGGAAAAUUGAUCCAUCUACUUGUUGAUGACGCUGUUAAAUUUCCUGAUGGGAUUGCAAAGAUGCAAGCACUAGAGACGUUGAAAUAUGUCAAUGCCCCCAUUCAGCCAUUAGACUUCCUGUGCGGCCUUGGUCCACUGAUGAAUUUGAGGAAUCUGUGGCUUGACCUUCGUCUUGAAGCUGAUAUUGACACAGACGAUACAAAAGUGGUUUGGGAUAAUGAGCGCAACAAAGCUAUCGUCUCUUCCCUGUGUAAGCUAGGCACGCAGAACCUCCGCUGCUUGACUAUUUGGGGUGGGGGCAGCCUCUUACAGGAUCCUUUGUGCCUUCCUACCCUCGAGAAACUUAUUGCCUUUUCUUCAGCCGUCCCACAGGUUCCGGCAUGGGUGAACUCCCUCAGAAACCUCCAACAGCUACAGAUUGAAGUGGUGGGAGUCAAGCAGGACGAUCUCUGCAUGCUUGGGGUCUUACCCAGUCUUCUCAUUUUGCAUCUGAAGGAAAAAACAGAGUCAAACGAAAAGCUUAGAAUCAGCGGUGAAGUUGGAUUCCUAUUAUUGAGGAUUUUUAUUUAUAAUGCAUUUUAUAAACCAGUAGAUCUGAUGUUUGGGGCAAGGUCCAUGCCCAAGCUGGAAAAACUCGUGCUUAAGAGUUUGCGAACAGUUGAAGCCGACUCUCUGUGCUUUGGAAUCGACAACCUCCCAUGCCUCGUUACUGUCAAAGUAACUGGCGACGGUGCCAACUUUAAAGCCGUAAAGACUGCAAUGGAGAGAGCAGCCAGCGCACACCCCAACCACCUAGUCUAUUCUGUGGAAGAUUUCUCUGAUACUUUGAAGUUUGAACAAACAAGGCAACAACAGGGAAGUUGCUUAUGCUCGUCAUCCAGCCAGCCUCUGAAGAUUAAUACUAGUGAUUAGUCCGAUUCAUCUCUCUUUUAUGAUUCACUUCUUUGGAUCAUGUAUUAUGUUAUGUAUGACAUCCAUGCUUUUCAUAUUUUGCGUUUAAUCAAUAAUUAGUUCACAAGAAUCAACAUGUGGAGUCCGUGUGACACGAAAUUGUUGAAUUGGUUAAGACUGCUACUGUCCUGCCCCAUGGGAAUUGUUUGGAUAUUCGAUU